UGCGCAUGGAGUUUCAGUGCAUGCGGUGUUAGUGGGUAAGUUAGUAGAUCGCAGACAGGGAGCUCUUGUGGGGCAUCCAGCGAUAAGCAACAUGGCAGCACUCAUCAGAAGAAUAAUCACCACCACCAAAGCACCAGCUGCAAUUGGGCCAUAUAGCCAAGCCGUGGUGGUCGAUAAGACUAUGUAUGUCUCCGGGCAGCUGGGUAUGGACCCUGUGACCGGACAGCUUGUGCCCGGAGGAGUGAAGAACGAGGCAAAGCAGGCUUUGAUAAACAUGGGCGAAAUCCUGAAAGCCGCAGGAAGCGAUUAUAAUAAUGUUGUGAAAACAACCGUUCUGUUGGCCGACAUCAACGACUUCAAUGACGUGAAUGAAAUUUACAAACAAUUUUUCAAAAAUAAUUACCCAGCAAGGGCAGCUUAUCAGGUUGCUGCGCUACCAAGAGGAGGGAGAGUGGAGAUUGAGGCUGUGGCUGUUGUCGGACCCAUAACUGAAAUUUCCUCCGCUUUAUAAGGACAGCCUGUUCAACACCUGACUGUGCCCAAGAAACACUGUAUUUUUUGUUGCUUUUUUUAGGAAAAGAUCAAUAAAUCUAUUUUACAUGCGCCAACAUAA